UUUUGAUUUCCAUUUUCUGGAACCAUGGCUGGGAGACAGGACGUCCUUCAGGAGGAGUUACUUGCACGGCUACAGUCAAGACUCCAGCAAGCACUUUCCAGGCAGCCUCUUGAUUUGGACUUCCUAGAGUUUGUCUGCUGCAACAAAUUAGUUUUAUUUCAAUCUUUUGCUGAUCAGAUCCACAUAGACAAUGAUAUUUUGCAGCAGUUAAACUAUUUGUUGGAGCUGGUCCAUGCGGCAAUUGUGAACAAAUGUCAUCUGUCUUAUUCAUUUUUUGUUUUGAACGUUUUCCUUAAUGCUGUAUCCCUAAUAUCCAGAAAAUGUAUUUGAGAAAAAUCGUAAUGCCCUUUCAAUUCACAUUACUUCUGAAUCACUGCUAUGUGUUACUGCUGCAGAAGUUCAUGGUUCUUAAUAUUUUUCCUAUGUUACAGGGUUACAGGGUUACAGACGUCCUUCAGGAGGAGUUACUUGCACGGCUACAGUCAAGACUGCAGCAAGCACUUUCCAGGCAGCCUCUUGAUUUGGACUUCCUAGAGUUUGUCAUUACAAUUAAGGUCCUGUACUUGGAUGCAGCAACCAACAACCGUGCCAAUACAGCAUUCUCCUUUUUCCUUGAGGCCACUCGGUUACAUGGUGUUCCAUCAAGGGUUACAGACGUCCUUCAGGAGGAGUUACUUGCACGGCUACAGUCAAGACUCCAGCAAGCACUUUCCAGGCAGCCUCUUGAUUUGGACUUCCUAGAGUUUGUCUGCUGCAACAAAUUAGUUUUAUUUCAUUCUUUUGCUGAUCAGAUCCACAUAGACAAUGAUAUUUUGCAGCAGUUAAACUAUUUGUUGGAGCUGGUCCAUGCGGCAAUUGUGAACAGUCCAACUGAAUCACAUUUUGACACAGCUGUGGGUUUGAAGGGAAAACCCAGAAUGAUAAUCCAGAAAGAUCAGCUGCAACAUUUGUUAGACUCACAAUUCUCUGUACCAUGCAUAGCUCAGUUAUUAGGUGUAUCACCAAGAACUAUUUUUCGAAGGAUGGCAGAGUAUGGGCUGAGCGUGAGAGGAUUCUACAGCACCAUGACUGACGCAGAGCUCGAUAAUAUGGUCAGAGCUAUUAAAACACAGAUGCCCAAUGCAGGGUACAGGAGUGUAAAGGGACAGCUCAUGGCAAUGGGUAGCCGUGUUCAAUGGGAGAGGAUUACAGACUCAAUGCAUCGUCUCGAUGCAGCUGGAAUCCUGUCCCGACUUGCAAGGCUUGGCUGCACUGUACGAAUAUCAUACUCAGUACGAGGUCCCCUUGCAUUGGUGCACAUUGACACAAACCAUAAACUCAUCAGGUACAACCUGGUAAUAUUUGGUGGAGUUGAUGGAUUUUCCAGAAAGGUCCUGUACUUGGAUGCAGCAACCAACAACCGUGCCAAUACAGCAUUCUCCUUUUUCCUUGAGGCCACUCGGUUACAUGGUGUUCCAUCAAGGGUUCGUGGAGAUCAAGGCGUUGAAAAUGUGGACAUUGCCCAUUUCAUGUUCGAGAGACGUGGAACCGGUCGAGCUAGCUUUAUCUCGGGAAAGAGUGUACACAAUCAAAGGAUUGAACGGAUGUGGCGAGAUGUGUGGAUGGCUGUGACUUGCAUCUUUUAUGAUGUGCUUCACACGCUCGAGGAAGAUGGUGUUUUGGACAUAGCAAACAUAAUGCACCUUUUCUGCGUGCAUUAUGUCUUCCUGCCUCGCCUUCGAUCAGCACUACAGGUCUUUGUAGCUGGCUGGAAUCACCAUCCCCUCAGAACGGAGAGAAACCACACCCCAGAGCAGCUGUGGCAGAUGGGACACCUCAACACUCCACAGGACAGUGAAAAUCUUGAGGACCUGCAAAAUCGAGAACUGGACAGGGAGGGUUCCCUGAUGACCCCAGAGGCCACUGUCAGAGGAGUUCAGGUCCCGGAAUUUCAACCGCCUCUGCCUGCUGAAGAUCUGGCAGUACUUCAGUCGGCACUCAACCCUUUAAUUGAUUCAGAUUCAAAUGGUUAUGACCUUUAUAUACAGGUGUUAGAAUUUGUUAAACACACGCUUCAACCCCCCAUUGAUUAGGUAGUUCUGGGUCCAACUAACACAGAGAACUCAAGCCUGCAUCACACCAGGUCGUUCAACCUAGCUUUUUUUUGUUGCUAUUAUUUACAGAUAUAAGUGGGAGCUGAACUCCAUUGUGCAAUUACUUGCUGGAAUUCGUCAACUUUUUCAAACAGAACAGCAGGGAUUCUUGUAUUGUGGAAUAAAAUGCUGAACUCAAAAAGA